AUGCCAAGUACUGACGACGAAGCCAUAUUGUUAUUUGAAAAAGCAACAUACUUAGAGGAACAGGGUCGUAUGAGCGACGCUGUAAAUAUAUACAGAAAAGCUUUCAAGUUGAAUAGCAACAUUGACCUCAUAUAUCGAUCAACAUACUCAAACAAACACAUCUCAAAAGAAAAGGGAAAGAAUGCUCUAAUUAGAGUAGAUGAGAGAAAAGUUUCCAGCAUUAACGUGGAUGAACUUAUAAACAGUUUUAGCAAUGUUCAUUUGGAAACCCCACUGGAACAUCCGGAUGAUGCCCCCUCGAUUCUUCUUCACUUGCCACGGGAUAUAUGGUGUCAUAUCUUUGAGAUUUUGAUUUUAACAACUCCCGAGUCAUGGUUCAACAUGUCCAUAACAUGCAAAAAGAUGGCGCAUAUAGGUUUCGGAAAUAGCACCUACCAGUACCUAUGCAAUUUAAUCUACCCUAAACAAGUAUAUGAGGAAAAUGAGGCAUACAGAUCAAGACUAGUACCCCGUGGGGAACUCCCCAUACCGCUGGACCAAUUACUCAUUUUACCGCAUUACAAAAGUUGGAAGAACAUGCUUCAUGAGCGUAGCUUUAUCAAGUAUGGUGGUUGCUACAUAAGCAUUGUGAAUUAUUAUAGUGAAGGUGGCAAGGACGAAAAUUCAUUGUCGUGGACUAACCCUGUAAGAACCAUCACGUACUAUAGGUAUCUACGAUUUUAUCCAAACGGUACUGUGGCAAAGAUGUUGUCAGUGCUUCCACCAGAUCGUGUUGUUCCUUGGUUUCUGACGGAACGACAUUUCAUACCAGACGCGGAACAAAAUGAAGCCACCAGAAUUUACCAAGGGGUAUUCACCAUCAACUCUUCUGGUGAAGUUCAUGUCCGAAUAGAUAACGGGUCAACAAGCUAUUUAACAUUUCAUUACUACUUUGUGAUUAAAUCUCUAGGUCAAUUCAAGCAUGGAAAAUUGAAUUGGACCAAAUACUAUGCUGUAAGGAAAGCAACAAGUCCUGAUGAUGACAGAGUUGGUGAGAUCAUGGAAUACUCCAUCAGAAAUGAGAAACCUUUCAAAUUUCUGCGAGUAAAGAGUUAUAGCUUAGAAUAG